GACACCGGCGCCGCCAUCAUGGCGGCCUGAGGCGCGGCGGGUUCGGCGCCGGGAGCGGCGGGACGGGAGGCCGGGAGCGGAGAGAUUGAAAACCUAGAAUGGCAGGAGAACAGAAGCCAUCCUGCAAUCUUCUAGAGCAGUUCAUUUUACUAGCCAAAGGAACCAGUGGCUCAGCUCUGACUGCUCUUAUAAAUCAAGUGCUGGAAGCUCCUGGGGUGUAUGUCUUCGGGGAGCUGUUGGAGUUAACAAAUGUGAAAGAGCUUGCUGAAGGGUCUAAUGCUGCCUAUUUCCAGCUGCUGAACCUGUUUGCAUAUGGAACGUACCGCGACUAUGUUGCAAACAAAGAUAACCUGCCUGAAUUAACAGUGACUCAGAAAAACAAGCUGAAACACUUGACUAUCGUAAGCCUGGCUUCCCGAAUGAAGUGCAUUCCCUAUUCAGUAUUGCUGAAGGACCUGGAUAUGAGGAAUCUGAGGGAGCUGGAAGAUCUCAUUAUUGAAGCAGUUUACACAGAUAUUAUCCAAGGGAAGCUGGAUCAACGAAACCAGGUGUUGGAGGUGGACUUUUGUAUCGGCAGAGACAUUCAGAAGAAGGACAUCAGUAACAUUGUCAAAACACUCCAGGAAUGGUGUGAUGGCUGUGAAGCAGUUCUUUUAGGAAUUGAACAGCAAGUACUUAGAGCCAACCAGUACAAAGAGAACCACCACCGAACUCAGCAGCAGGUAGAGAUGGAGGUCACAAACAUAAAGAAAACAUUAAAAGCUACAGCCUCGUCGUCGGCACAGGAGAUGGAACAGCAGCUGGUAGAGCGAGAGUGCCCUCCACACACAGAACAAAGGCAGCCCACAAAGAAGAUGUCCAAAGUCAAAGGGCUGGUCUCCAGCCGUCACUAGAACACACCAUCUAAAUGUCAUUCGGUCGGGAAUGACAACAGGAGCAGCAGAAAGGGCCUGCGUCUCCUUUUCAGUGGGUUCUGGGCCAGUCCCUUCCUGGCUGGCAAGUAAAAGCCCUGUUUGAGCAGCUCCCAGUUAGCAGCACCUGGCUAAGUUACACUGUGCAGCUCCUUUGAGUUUUCAGGGUGUCCCUGUUCCAGUCCUGUCCAGAGGGACUUUUAAAGAAAGGGACUAACCAAAAGGGGCAGGAAAAAACCAAAAUAUCUGUGGACCGUUUUGCUCCCUCCCAGCUAGUUCAUUGCUGCUUAACCUUGAGGAAGCUGCUGUACUAACUCAGAUCAUGGGAGAGCUUCUAUAGCAAGCAUCUGAAUCCCAGGGUUGAAGUGUGGCUACCAAAGCCAGGCUGGGAGCGAGGAAGCCAUCAACACAGAUCUUUUCAUUCCCAAAGGGAGCACAGGAAGAUUUCUAGGCCAGGAACUGCUUUACAUGGAAGCCUUCAGCCUUUCCACUACCCCUGUCUAUUUUAAACUGGGGUGAAAUUCACACUACCUCGCUCUGUGAAGAUGAGUUCUAGUGCUGGGCUGUUUACUUAUCUGUUUACUGCCCUUACUAAGCCCUUUAAUCUCUCACAGAUUUAAAGCACUGUUCUGCAUCUCUGAGGCAUCAGUACAAUAAGGAGGAAGGAGGCUGCUCUUUCACACAGACCUUGCAGGUGGUUAGGGACAUGCUAGAAACUAUUCCUCCUGAAUGUGAUGUGUCCUCCCAGAGCUGCUUGUGAGAUGUUUCCCCCAUUGAUACCUUCAGAGGGUAAUGCAUUCGCUCUUCCUUGGAUGCUGGCAGUGGGAGAGGAGCGUGUUUGGCAUCGAGGCAGGCUGGUGGCCCAGGACCCACUGGCAGGGGUCGCAGCAGCAUCCCCUUGCUGAAGCAAUGGACUUGACAAGUCUUUCUGAAUUUUGAACACUUUCAGGUUGUAUUUUCCUCCCCCUUUUUUUUUUUUUUUGUACAUUGUUGUGAUUCUGAAGCAUUUCAGCCUUUGUUUUGUGGGGUUUUUUUUAUUUGUUACAAACUAACUUCAGGUGAUUUGCACCUAGUUUGGUAAGGUGUGGGGGUUUUUUUUAAAGGGGAAGCAUUGGAACAGCAAUUCAUAAAAAAGUACAUUUUAGAAAAAAAAAAUUAAAAAUGCUGAUUUAAUGUCA